AUGUCGAGCACUGAUGAGCUAUGGCAUAACGAUAUCAGUGCUAAUGCAGAUAUCCGCCAUCCAGAGAUUAGCGGUAGCAUGAACGAUGGCAUCAAGGAGGCGCACGAUCGCAUUGAUGGCAAUGCUCAACACACGCUAACCAGGAUGCCGGUAAGCCAACUAUCUAUAGAUGGCGAAGCUGCAGCUCGAAGAACGGGAAUACCACACGUUCAUACGGUAUCAGAAUCACACCAAAACAACAAUUCUACCAAGCCCCCCUCCCACUUCCCAAUCGUGGACCUCCCCCUCGAACUCCAACGUCUAAUCUUCUACCACUACCUCGGCGGCCCCUACGACAUCACCCUCGAAAAUAAACGCAUCAACAUGCUCUGCUCCCGCUUCCUCAUCUUCGGCAUACCAUCCAACGCACUCCUCCUCACCUGCCGGCACUUCAACGACCAUGCUGGUCCCAUGCGUAAAGCGCUCUUCACGGGCCGUCUCGUCCUCCACAGCGUCUUUAUCCUGGUGGACCUGAAUCGACGGGAGAGGUUCGAGUGGUUACGAAAGAACAUCCAGUGCUUGCAUUUUAGUGAUUCUUCAGUACAUCCGGAGCGAUGGAGUCGGUAUUUUGAUUCGUUGACUAGUUUGAGAAGGUUGGAGAUCAAUUUUCCGAUUGUGAAGAGGUUGAGGGUGCCGGCGUCGUGUGUUGGUGGGGAUGAGGAGCCGGCCGUGAGGGUGGAGGAUUUGCUGAUGGGUAGGGAAGAUGCUCUUUUGUUGGCGAAUCUGGAUCCGUUUCAGAUGGCAUUGGUAGAGAGUUUGAGUAGUAGGAGGCUGGAAGUGGUCGUGACGCAGAAGUAUGCUUGCGGUAGAAAGACGUCAGACACAGCAAGGGAGGUGAACCAGAACCAAGAUGGAGUUAUAGUUGUCGAGAUCAAACUCAACGAGAACGGAGCACAAAUCAUGAGCCGUAGACGAGGAGACUGUCAUGCAGAUGGGACAAGUUUUGUGAAGCGGCAUGCAGAACUAGUCAGAGCGAACGGCAAUGUCAUCGACGAGGGUUCUCAUAGGUCGAUAUGGGAGUGGUAUUCUGCAAUGAACAGUUGA